GCCAUGUUUCCAAUACAGUGUAAAUAUGAUGAAGUUUGCUUGGGACAACUACAAGCUGUAUGCACUAGGAAAAAAUGAACUUCGGCCACUAACUAAGAAUGGGCACAUUGGUAACAUGUUUGGAGGCCUCCGAGGGGCGACGGUGAUAGAUGCCUUAGACACCCUGUACAUCAUGGAGCUCGAGGAGGAAUUCCAAGAAGCGAAAAAGUGGGUGGAGAAGAGCUUUGACUUGAAUGUGAAUGGAGAGGCGUCCUUGUUUGAAGUGAACAUCCGCUAUGUCGGAGGUCUGCUGGCUGCCUACUACCUAACUGGAGAAGAGAUGUUCAAGAGUAAAGCUCUAGAACUUGGAGAGAAGCUCUUACCAGCCUUCAACACCCCUACUGGGAUCCCACGAGGUGUCAUAAAUCUGGGCAGUGGCAUGAGCUGGAGCUGGGGCUGGGCAUCUGCAGGAAGCAGCAUCUUAGCAGAGUUUGGUACCCUGCACCUCGAAUUCUUGCACCUCACAGAGCUCUCAGGAAACCCAGUAUUUACUGAGAAGGUCAUGAACAUCCGCAAAGUUCUGAACCGAAUUGAGAAACCACAGGGGCUUUAUCCUAACUUUCUCAGCCCGGUCACUGGGAACUGGGUGCAGCACCACGUCUCCAUUGGGGGACUCGGGGACAGUUUUUACGAAUAUCUGAUCAAGUCCUGGUUGAUGUCAGAUAAGAGAGAUGCUGAAGCUAAAAAGAUGUACGAUGAUGCACUAGAGGCAAUAGAAAAGCACUUGGUAAAAAAAUCUGCUGGAGGAUUAACCUACAUUGCAGAGUGGCGAGGUGGCAUCUUGGAUCACAAAAUGGGCCACUUGGCUUGCUUUUCUGGUGGCAUGAUAGCCCUUGGAGCAGAACAUGCAGGAGGAGAGCAAAAGCACCAGCAUAUGGAUCUAGCUGCAGAGAUAACUCACACUUGUCAUGAAUCUUAUUCACGGUCAGAUACCAAACUUGGCCCCGAAGCAUUUCGCUUUGAUUCUGGAACCGAAGCCACAGCCACCAGGCUCAGCGAGCGCUAUUAUAUUCUACGCCCGGAAGUGGUAGAAAGCUACCUGUACAUGUGGAGACUGACGCAUGAUCCAAAAUACAGACAGUGGGGGUGGGAAGUUGUGCAGGCACUAGAAAAUCACUGUAGAGUAGAGGCCGGUUACUCUGGUAUCCGAGACGUGUAUACCACCACCCCAACCCACGACAACAUGCAACAGAGCUUUUUCCUGGCAGAGACAUUGAAGUACCUCUAUCUUCUGUUCUGUGAAGAUGAUGUGCUAUCUCUGGAGGACUGGGUAUUCAACACAGAAGCCCACCCACUGCCAGUGAACCACACGAACUUUAAAGCUAAAGCAAGCGUGCACUAGUGAAGCCAUUGCCCGAGCUCCCUGCCUCCGCGGCAGUCUACGGGUCAUUGCAUUUCCUUGCCAUUAAAGGAAUUAGCAGCGUUCCUAAAAUGGGAUUUUGGGGCACUAGUCCAAUUGCGGACAGUAUUAUAGUGGGAAGAAUCAACCAUGACAUAAGCACCUUCUUGUCCUCUAUGAGGAACUCUAUUAGCCUGAUAAUGAGAUGUCGAUUCUGGGCCAUGUUGCACACAGAUCAUAGACAUUCCUUUAUACAGAGAAUUUAUAAGAAAUCCACUGACUUUGCUUUCUAGUGGCCAAAGGAUUGGAAGUUUGCCAUAAAACAGAGGUUUCCCCUUUGUCCUUCCUUUCAUUUUUUUUUAUUUUUUUGCCUUUUAUAUACUGUUGGAUUUUAUCACAUUUCUAAUUACACUUUUCAAAUACUGUGCUUUUUAAGUGGCGUCAACUGUGUAACUAAGUCAGAAGUUGUCUGCAAAAUUCUUGACCCAAACGUAUUUUUAUAUAUUUUUUCUGUGUUCUUAAAACACAUUGCAUCACAUGUAACUUUUCUUUGUGUUUGUGUUUUUUCUAUUUUAAUUUGACCCUAAAUGUUGAGUCACUUGUAAUAAUUUCACUGCUGUAAUAGUCAAAUCUGUGAAAUAGAAUAAAAAUGUCUUGUAAAAUAA